AUGGCGGACCGGCAGUCGGUGCAGCACAGCCUUAACAGCCUGCUCUCUAAACUGAGCGACCCUGACCCGGACAUGCGAUACAUGUCGCUAAAUGAUCUACUUGGCAUAUUAAAUAAUCCUAAUUCCACCUAUCUGGCUCACGACCAAGUCUCCUCAUCAAGACUGGCUGAGGGCUUAUUAAAGGCCUUGGAUGACCAACAUGGCGAUGUCCAGAACCAAGCCCUGAAAUGUCUUGGUCCUCUUGUCCUUCGACUGCCCUUCGAAAGCCUUGCAUCUCUUCUCGAAAAGCUCACCAACCUGACAGCCUCGCAAACCAUUGACACAUCCGUUCCGAAUACUGCUCUGAGAUACAUUGUGACAGCUCUACCUCGGCCGCAACCGGGUCAGCCUCCAAGUCAGGAUGCGACAAUGGCAUAUUCGGCCGUCUCUCGCGUCCUCAUUCCCCGAUUGACUGGCCCGACUCCAUCCCCUACUAGUCGGCGUGGCUCGAUCGUCAAGGGCAUGUUGGAGAAGGAUCCAUCAAAGGGCUUCAGCAGUGAUGCUAUUGAUGUACUCAUUCAGGUUGUCACUUGCUUUGGCCCCCUGCUGAAAGAACCCGAAUUGACUGCCUUGCAAAACUCCGUCCUGUCUAUCGUCGAUAACGAUACAGCUGGCACCGUGGUCACCAAAAGGGCUCUGACGGCCAUAUCUGCCCUCGUGCUCCACUUCUCCGAUGCUCAACUUAGCGCUUUUGUCCAGGGGCUGGUCCAAAGAUUCAACUCCCCACAACUUAGUACAGUCCAUCGGCGUCACCUCAUUGCCACUGUCGGUGGUGUAGCGAAAAGUGCCCCGGCCAAGUUUGGUCCUCAUCUUCCUACACUAGCCCCUUAUGUCUUUGCUGCUGUUGGCGAGGAUAACUUAGCACAAUACUCCUUCCGUCGCAAUGUCUCAACGCAUUCGCCGGCAGCUUCUUGCCCUGCAUGCAGGGUCGUCACUUCCAUUUACAUCAGAAAGGCCCGGUCGUCUAAGCAGUUCUGCUACCUUGCAACCAUCUUCUUCUUUUCUCCCACAGCAUAUCUCAUCAACUUUUACUCUGAAUUACAUCUUAUCACAAUAUACUAUCUCAAAAUGCACAUGCUUCGCUUGGUUGUUUCUGGGCUUGGUCUUGUGGCAUGCACGACUGCGCGCAACAUCUUCAGUUUGCAGCCUAACCGUCAAGGAAGUCAUCUUCUGCCCCUUACUCACGGAGAUGCUCCUGAUCACAAGCUUGUCGAGCGUGGUUCUAGUCCUCGCUGUGGCCCUGAUCAUGGCAAGUGUCCUGAGGGCAAAUGCUGCUCAACUGCUGGUUAUUGCGGGGACACCAAGAACCACUGCAGCUCUCCUGACUGUCAGAUCGACUUCGGUAAUUGCGACGCCCACACAACUCCAGGAGGCCCUCCUACGGACAAGAUUCCUCGGCCUCAUGUAGGCAACGUACCCUACGGCCCAAAAUUCAUUCGGUCUUGUACCACUCCAGGAACCAUCGCCCUGACCUUUGAUGAUGGCCCCAAGGAAUACACUCAGGACCUUCUCGAUCUCCUUGACAAGUAUGAAGCAAAAGUGACAUUCUUUGUUACAGGAAACAACAAUGCCAAGGGCGAAAUUGAUAGUCCUGGGAUGCCUUGGGCAUCAUUGAUUCAACGAAUGUAUCGCAGUGGCCACCAAGUUGCCAGCCAUACUUGGUCACAUCAAGACCUUAGUAAAGUCACGCAAGAUCAGCGCCGGGUUCAGCUGCUGUGGAACGAAGUUGCUCUACGCAACAUUUUGGGCACAAUCCCUACUUACAUGCGUCCUCCGUAUUCCAGCUGUACCGCGGAGUCAGGCUGUCUGGAAGAUCUUGGCUCGCUUGGAUAUCAUGUCAUCCUGUACGACAUCGACACUGAAGAUUACAGUCAUGAUAGCCCGGCUCUGAUCCAACAAUCCAAGGACAUUUUUGACCGCAACUUGGCCUCACGGACGGAUUUUGAUAGGCCUUGGCUCGUCAUCGCUCACGAUGUCCAUGAACAAACGGUCCACAACCUCACCGAGUACAUGUUGAAGAAGCUUAUCGCAGAGGGCUACCGCGCCGUGACGGUUGGCGAGUGCCUGGGUGAUCCGCCUGAGCUCUGGUAUCGUAAGGACGAGGCCUUCGACGAUCGACAAACGCGAAAGUCUAAAUCCAAGAAUGAUGUUGCCAAAACUGUAUCAGUUGAUGGCAUGUGUGGUGGAAACAUCACUUGUCUUGGGUCGCGGUUCGGCCCUUGCUGCAGUGGCACUGGUUUCUGUGGCAGCAUGUCUACAUUUUGCGGUUCUGGAUGUCGACCUGAUAAUGGCGGUGGUGCCCCCAAUGCUGGUUCCGGUAAACCAACGAAGCCGGCGAAGUCAGAAGGGAGGGCUCUGCAGCUAAGCUCAUCGGUGGCAAUUGUGAUAUUGUUGUUCCUCGUGGUGUUGAUGGAUUAA